UGCCAGGAUAUAAAUGAAUGUUUACUUCAAAACCGCCCAUCAUCACUAUAUUCAAUGACGAUGGUUAUAUCCUCGGUGACUACGGCGAGUUUAAGGGCAUGAAACGUUUUGAUUGCCAUAAACGCAUACUAGAAAAACUAAAAGAACUGGGCUUGUAUCGCGAGACCGUCAAUAAUCCUAUGGUCGUGCACUUCUACAGUCGUUCCAAAGAUGUAGUUGAACCCAUGAUUAAGCCACAAUGGUAUUUGAAAUGUGAUCAGCUGGCUGCCGAUGCCACUGAAGCUGUCCGGAAGGGGUAUUUGAAAAUUAUAACAGAUCAUCACACAAAAAUCUGGUACCCCUGGAUGGAGGGUAUACGCGACUGGUGUGUGUCGCGUCAGUCUCAGCAAAAUAGUCUUGCAUCAACAACCAGAGCUCAGUACGUCAUAGUUAUCUUUUUUCUCUGUUUUUGGAAGCUAGUGCAAUGA